GUAAUUAAGCUUGGAAAAAAAUCCAAAUUAAUUUUCUGUGCAGGUUACAACCUAGGAUGAAGGAUGCCUUUAUAGAACUGAGUAAAGGUUUGCUACUGGUACCUGCUGCCGAUCUAGUUCCUUCUUGUUUUGAGAGAGAUUGCCAACAUUGUCAAAGAAGGAGGUGACGUUAGGCCCUUUUAACUCUUAACUCACUAUCAGGUUUGUAAUUGCUUACUUUCUUUGUGCUUUUUCUUUUCAGAUGACUAAUGUUUACCUUUUCCUUUCCCCUUUCUUAUUCCUGUGGUUGAUUGCAUUCCUGGUAGCCUUAUACAUAUCUGCUACCAUAUAUAGAAGUCUCCAAUUUAGUAGGUUUUUAUUAUUCAUCUUCAAAAUGAAGGCACCAUCAAUUUCUGUUUUUUCCUAAGUCCUGACUUAAUUUAAUUUCUUUUUACCAAGAAGGAUGCCAUUUCAAAAGCUUUGUCAACAAAGGUUGUAUUUUUGCUGCAUAGACCUCCUGGACCAGGGAAAAGUGCAGCUGUAGUGGAAAUUAUUAUUUUACAAGAAGACAAGCAUGGCUUAAAGAUUCUUGCUUGUGCUUCUUCUGAUACUGCCCUUUUUUUUUUUUUUGGGUACGGCUUCUGAUAUUGCUGUUGAUAACAUUGUUGUAUGACUUGUUCCCCUCUGGUAAAGUAUGAAUUAAUGUGCAAGAAGAUAUACCUGCAACUAACCUUAGUGCUAACCUAUUAAAGGGAGAAUUUUUUGUAAUUAAUUGUGCUUUAUAUUAUUUAUAAAGGGUCUCAUAGUUCUGGUUCGGAGACAACCUGAAUGCUAAAGGAAAAUGUUCUUUGAGCAUAUAAGAACCACCAAAAAUUGAACUAUAUAUUAUCUGGUUCUGUUCGAGCUAAUAGAUUUCAGCAGUUUUCUUUUUUUCAAAACUUUGUGCUAUAUGGUGUUUGUUUGGUUGAGUUUCACUAGUAAGUUCAUUUUUCUGAGUCCAUAAAGGCCGGAAUGAGUUUUCAUCAAGUACUGGCCUGGGUAGUGCCAUAGCUAAUAGGAAUUAAAACCAUGUGGCUCAA